AACCAAUGUGGUGAUGAACUACUCGGAGGUGGAGUCCAAAGUCAGAGAGGCCACCAACGACGACUCCUGGGGACCCUCAGGACAGAUGAUGAGUGAAAUCUCCAAGACCCAGCCUACUGCAAAGAGACCAGAAUCCGACUCUCCACUAAACACAGCACAGAACUCACAUUUCCCAGACGCACAUGAAUGCAGCCCCAUAGCCUCUGUUAGCUUAGCAAACCCUGGCCAGUUCGUUCCCAAGAUCAGGAGUAGCCCCCAUCCAUCAGAGCUUGUUGGGUACCCCCUUGGAUACAUGUCGGUUUCCACCUCUGUGUUUAUAGACGAGAAUGGGAAGGAUCAGGGUGUGAAUGUGCGUCAGAAGGUGAAGGAGGUAAUAGAUUUUGUCCAGGAUGAUGAGAGGCUUAGGGAAGAACGGAAAAAAUCGAAGAAGAACAAAGACAAAUACAUCGGGGUUUCCUCAGACAGUAUGGGAUACCGAAGCUACAACACGGGGGACAAGUACGACUCCAGCGACAGCCGGGGGAAGUGGGACGACGACUGGGAGAGGAAUAAAGGGCAGUUCCCCUUCAGCGAGAAAUUGGGGGAGAUCAGCGACAAAAUCGGCAACACCAUUGACGAUACCAUUAGCAGAUUUAGGAAGAAGGAGAUGGAUGACUCACCAGAUGGAUUCAGCGACAACGAGGAGGAACGGGGCCGCUCGUCUCAAAACGGCCAGUCGGGAAAAGAGUUCAAAGAUGAAGAGGAGACCGUAACCACCAAGAGUGUUCACAUAGUCCAAGCAACAGAGACAACAGCAACAAGGAAGAGAGGGGUCCCGUCUAAGAAAGUAGACCUGGGGGCCGCAGCCCACUAUGUAGGAGACAAGAGCCCAGACACCACCCCCAAACAGGCCCAGCCAGCAGCCCCCCAGCCCGCCAGCAGCAACCUAGCUGACCUCUUCAUGGUGGACACAACACCAAGCCAGCCUGCUGCCACAGUUCUCAACGCAGACCUGAUGAGUGGAUUCGCUGACUUCUCUGCACCGGCUGCGUCCGUUGGCUUCCCCUCAGUAUCUGCUGCAGCACCUUCCUCUAGCAGCAAUGGAGAAUUUGGAGAGUGGAACGCCUUCCCCGGAGGUCAGAUGCCAGCGUCUGCUCAAACUGCCGACACCAGCGGAAAUGACCUUUUUGCAGCCAUGACAGCUCCUGCAGCCGCCCCGGCUGCAGGCUCGGGCCCUGCCUCAGCAGACCUGUUCGACCUGAUGGGGCCCACCCACUCCCUCAGUUCCUCCCAGAGCCUCAACUUCAGCAUGAGCUCCUCGCAGAGCAUGAGCGCCACGGCGAUGCCCCUGUCUAUGCCCCAGAACAUGGGAGGUCCUCUUCAACCGCAGUCUAUGCAGCCAAUGCAGCAGGGGGGGGCCUCUCAAGGAGCCAAAGCAGCCCUCCCUGCCACCUGGUCGGACUCCUCCAUUAACAUCAGCCUGGACUUUCUGGGGCCGGGCGUGCAGCCCCCCAAGCAAAGCCAGCCCACCCUCAACACCCUCCAACACGGCACCCCAGUACCCAGCAGCAUGCUCCCCCAGGGGUUUGCCGCCAUGAACCUUGGACCUGCUGCAGUCAAAUCGCCUGUCAGUCCCAUGAUGCACCCCGGUGCUGGCAUGGGAAUGGGGAUGGGCAUGGGGAUGUCUCCCAACCAGGGCAUGAUGGGGAUGGGCAUGAACAUGGGGAUGCCACAGGGGGGGAUGGGGAUGAACCCUGCGAUGGUCCAACAGCCCAAACACGAUGCCUUCGCUGACUUUGGCAACUUUGGAAAGUAAUAGAGCCAGAGAGCAAAGAUUAUCUGGUGGAGUGGUGUUGAUCUCUCUCUCUCUCUCUCUCUUUCUCUCUCCGUCCAUUGGUGAAGGAUUGUCACGAGCUGCAAACAAAGAGUACUUGAAUAAUGUCAACUAUCACAAUACAAACACCCUGCAAUCGCCUUUUUUUUUUAGUUUUUUAAGGAAUGCUGUGUAGUGGAUCUAAAAUAAUUUGUGUUUGAACCAAUGAGCCGCCUGGUCCUGGGUGACGGGGGGCCUCGUGGGUUAUGAAAAGGAAGACUGUGCCGCCAAGAGAAUGUUUGGGGGGGGGGGGGGGGUCUGCUUUAUAACCUCAAUCAAGUUAAAUCACCAUAAUAGCAAAAAAAUAUCAGUAGCUGCGUAAUUAUUUUGAGAUGCUUUCUCAGUCAUUUUACUGAUUCAAGUUUGAAUAACAUGAUCGGCUAUUUUAACUUUUCUAAUGUACAUUUAAGAAUGUCAAGUUACCUCUUUCCUUCUUUUUCCAUUGCUCUUCCUUUUGACCUGUAAAUAGAAAUCUGGAGCCCUUGCAAAUAAGUUAUGAAGUUCCAAUAUAUGAGAGGCAGUGAGGGUGUGAGAGUUGUAUCAUACAGACCAAAUCUGAUGCGAACCAAGACCCGGAGCACAGCGACACCUUCUCUAUGUACAUACCACACACUCCAGACGUGCUACAGCUAAUGAAUGAGUGUUUGGAGUGAACAUUGAUUCAUUUAAGGAGUUAUCAGACCAUCAUUUGUGGCCUUUCUUAUUGCUAUAUAAAUAUAUAUAUUUUACUUAUGAAGAAUAUAAUCAGUUUGCAUCCAAAUGAGAUAAUCAGUAGGGCCUCGUACAGGGGUCGAGGGUUCAUUACAGCACAGUGCCUGAGAGACCCUUUGCCUUUUCUCUUCAGUUAACCUCUCUAAAGGAAACGCUGCGACAGCACAGAGCGCCUAAAGCCGAGAGUACUGUCUGUACAGAUAUCAGAUGCAAUCCUAUCAUUAUUUUUCUUUGUCCCAUGCACACUUUCAUGGUUUAUUCAGGUCAGAUAAUACCUUCAGAGCGCAAAAAAACUGAACUUUGAGUGUUGAGACUGUUAUGAAGAUGUCAUUGUAAAUGUCCAACAGUGCAUUUCUGUAAAUGCUGCCCUCUCACCUUCCGUCAUUUGUAACGUUACUCAUUAAAAACAUCAUAACCGUCAUCAUGAAAACCAAGAAGAUAGUGAGAGGACGCACUUUUUAGGACGCACUUUGCACCAAGUUUGAUAUGCCGGUUCCAUGACUGUUAACGCAUAAUUAACUGCUAGGUUAGACGUACAAAACAAUGCUCUUCAGCGGUUCAAGUGCCUGCCGGUGGUUGCCUCCUGACCCUUGUAAUGAGUGAUAAGUAAAUCGUGGCUGCCUGACAUUUUGGGCAUGUCGACGGUUGGAUAAAUAAUUCACUGAGCAGAGGUGAAGGCGGUGGAUGUGCGGCCCCGAGAGCAUCGAGGCUUUCCUCCUGUCUCAAGGGCUCAGAGGCAGAGCACACUAACACAUAGUAGCCUUGCGUCGGACUCUGAAACAUCAAAAAAUGACCAAAAUCUGUUUGCUGUUUUUUCUAAAAUAUAAGUAGCUGUUGUUUUAUUCAUUUUUUUUUAUUUUCUACUUCAAAUUGUUUUUUUUGAUCUGCUCUAAAAUGGGAUUGUUACUGAAACACUAGCAUAUGCAAAUGUAAGAAAAGAAAAUCCUUUGAGAAAAUGAAUUUUUGCAUUAUUCCCAUUUUGAUUUACACAUCGAUUCUUUAUCUACAACAUUAAACAGUUGAUUGAAA